UCGAUUUAUACGGAUUUCAAGUAAAAGUAAUGGAAUGCAUUGAAAAUGGCGGAUUGUUCCUGUCGCUUAUCUACGUAAUAAAUGACCCCGUCACGAAAUCACUCAGUACUAUUUUUCAGAAUCUUCAGUUUGUUAGCUAACUUCUCGAUAUUAUCAGACACUUUAAUUUUAUAAGUAUUUUCCGUUUUAUGGCCAAUUUGAGGGGAAUUUGGAUUUUGCCAAUAAAUUGAACCAUAUGAUGUCAUAAUAACAUCAAAUUACGUCAUUGUGUCAAUCAAAUUAUGCCUAGAUGUUGGAAAUGAUGAGUGCAUUAUUCUGUGUAGUUUUUGUGGCUGCAUCAUGAGUGGUUUUGAAGGUAUUAAGGAGGGUGGAGACUUCGAACCUUCCCCCUCAGUCGCAGGAACCCAAAAAUUGACAUUAUCUGCGACGGACCACAGACGAAUACAGUGCCGCAGAACGUAGCAUUUAGAGAAUACCCGAUCAGCAAAAAUAUCAGUGCUAAGUGUACACUUGAAACCACUUGGAAUAGGGUUAAACAACUUCAGUCAGAUCUGAUUUGAGUCUCCCGUUUACAUUUUUAGACUUCUUGUAAUAUAAAACACUGGAGUACUGUGUAAUCCUUAUGAAAAUUUUUCAAAGAGUACGUACACUACGUCGUAUUGAAUACAGCAUGUAAAAUAUGGUAUAUGUGUUAAAUUGUUUUUGCAGCUCAGUUACCUAGGCACUUUGUUUUGAAACCAAACAAACCAAUCCGUGUGCUUCAAGGGCAGAGUGGAGAAGUCACAUGUGAAGCUGAAGGCCCUUCAGUUUCUACCCUGAAGUGGGAAAAGCAACAGGAUGAUAAAUCGUAUGCAGCCGUCCCCAAGAGCCAAGUUAAAGUCACUAAAGAUACAAAGUAUGUGAGAGCAACCCUGAAGAUUACAAAUGCGCAGUUCGCGGAUACUGGUACAUACAAAUGCACGGUAUCAGUUCCACCAAAUCUAUUAGAUUAUAAGCUGACAGCCAUAAAGGUCAAAGGUAGGUUUGUUUUUGUCUGUUGGUUUAUACUUUAGUGGGAGUUUACUUUCCAGUCAGAAAAAAUUGCUUAAUAUUCAUUUAUCCUUACAUCACCGACCUAACGCCGAUAAUGAUAAAAAAGCUCUGGUGUAGAAUUUCUGGUUGCAGGGGGCCAGAGGGAUGGCAAAACUCAAAAUCUAUUUGGGACCGUUUUCGGACGUUUUGACCGGUCAAAGACUGUUUAUUGGUCAAGUCUCUCUUAUGAUGGGUCAAAAUAUUAAAAACAACGCAAUAACUUGAACGUACUAGCCUAACAAGCAAAACCAUAAAGUGAAAAAGGUUGUUUGUCCUCUUGAAACGCAAUCGUGUGAAAAUGUUUUUUUUUUUCAUUUUUUGGAAAAAUGGUCAUCAUUGUUCGUUGACUGGCACUUAUUUUGAACCCAGUGAAUGGUUUGUAUCUGGAGACAUCCAUGAAAACCGAUUUUUUUUUCGAUCUAACACCUGCAAUGAAUCUCUAACAAAAUUACAGCUCCACUAAAGCAACUGGACGAAGGGGGAAGGGUGGUGGGGAGGGGCGUGGCAGGAGUGGCACUAGCAUGUCCCGCACCAUACGAUUUUUUUCAAUGUACUAUAUAUCUAGUCGGAUUUUAGAAAACUUGCCUUCCCAAAUUUACAGCCAUUUGAUUGAAAAAGGCCAACAGACAAAAUAUUUGCUAUUGACUUUAUUUUUAUUUAGAUUAUUUAUUGCAAAGAUCCCUGACAUAAACAGAAACACUGGAGCUAGUGCUAGUCCGGUAUUGAUCAAAGUGAAACAAGGCUACAUGCUGUGUGUGGUUUAUACAUAUUGAAUCUCUCCAGUCCCUAGUUAUUUUACUGGCGAAAAGUCAAAGUAUUCUGUUGUUGUUGUCUUUUUAUGUUCUCUACGUGUAGGAAUUCUAAAGUUCCUCCAAGAUCCUCCACAACUCCAGGCAUCUCACGUCGGCUGGAGCGUUGACUACAAUUGCACAACAGAUGACCCAUAUGCCACAGUGUCACUUCUACAUUCUAGAGAUUUUGGGCUUUCUUAUAAUGUGUUACAGGUCUCACCAAACAAACUUCUUUUGAGGAAACAAGUGUUCACCAUAGUAAACCUUAUUCUUUCGGAUGGAGGAAACUAUAAAUGCAAGGCAACGGACCAGUCAGGUCAAACUAUUGAAUGGGACAGUGGUUCAAUGUUAUUUAUACAAGCAGGUCUGUAAGAAUAUUAUGAGUAAACUGGCACUCGUGAAUAGCUAAAAGUACUUGAACAAAAGAGAAAAGAAGUUUGACACCACAAAAAUUCAAAUUUGAGAAAUUAUGGGUUUGGUCGGCAUAUUCAGAAAGAAGAAAAUGACAAAAAGUCCCCUUGCGAAUAAUGAGCCUGUUAGUUCAAAUUAGUUGGGAUGAUGGUGGGAGAUAGCCGGGGCCAGUGUACUCCCUUUAAGAGCCCAUACGGUCCCAAGGCUUUGCCCGAAAGUGGUUCCCUUUUACCGUCGUUACGUAUACGGAUGGGUGGGAAUGACCGAAUGAAAGAUGCCGGGUUAAGACUGUUUUCAAAAGUAUUUCUUUCUUUUCGAAUUUCAUAGAUUGCAGAUUUUUUUCUUUGGUUGUUUUGCUUUUCAAGCAUCUUUUUAUACACAGAUCAAAUUUUCUAUCACGAUUACCUCGAUUUAUACGGUUUUCAAGUAAAAGUAAUGGAAUACAUUCAAAAUGGUGGAUUGUUCCUGUCGGUUAUCUACGUAAUAAAUGACCUCGUCGUGACAUCACUCAGUACUAUUUUUCAAAUCUUUAAUUUGUUAGCUAACUUCUCGAUAUUAUCAGACACCUUAAUUUUAUAAGUAUUUUUCGUUUUAUGGCCAAUUUGAGGAGAAUUUGGAUUUUGCCAAUAAAUCAACAAUAUGACGUCAUAAUAACAUCAAAUUAUGUCAUUGUGUCAAUCACAUUAUGCCUAGAUGUUGGAAAUGAUGAGUGCAUUAUUCUGUGCAGUUUUUGUGGCUGCAUCAUGAGUGGUUUUGAAGGUAUUAAGGAGGGUGGGGACUUCGAAGCUCCCCCUUAGUCGCAGGAAUCCCAAAAUUGACAUUAUCUGCGAAGGACCACAGACGAAUACAGUGCCGUAGAACGUAGCAUUUAGAGAAGACCUGAUCAGCAAAAAUAUCAGUGCCAAGUGGACACUUGGAACCACUUGGAAUAGGGUUAAAUAACUUUAGUAAGAUCUGGUUUGAGUAGCCCGUUUACAUUUUUAGACUUCUUGUAAUAUAAAACACUGGAGUACAGUGUAAUCCUUAUGAAAAUUUUUCAAUGAGUACGUACACUACGUCGUAUUGAAUACAGCAUGUAAAGUAUGGUACAUGUGUUAUUUUUUUUUUUUUUGCAGCUCAGUUACCUAGGCACUUUGUUUUGAAACCAAACAAACCAAUCCGUGUGCUUCAAGGGCAGAGUGGAGAAGUCACAUGUGAAGCUGAAGGCCCUUCAGUUUCUACCCUGAAGUGGGAAAAGCAACAGGAUGAUAAAUCAUAUGCAGCAGUCCCCAACAGCCAAGUUAACAUCACUAAAGAUGCAAACUAUGUGAGAGCAACCCUGAAGAUUACAAAUGCGCAGUUCGCGGACACUGGUACAUACAAAUGCACAGUAUCAGUUCCACCAAAUCUAUUAGAUUAUAAGGUGACAGCCGUAAAGGUCAAAGGUAGGUUUGUUUGUUUGUUUUUUGUAUACAUUUUAGUAAAAGUUCACUAUCCAGUCAGAAAAAAGGCCUUAUAUUCAUUUAUCCUUGCAACACCAACCUAACGUCGCUAAUUAUCAAAAUGCCCUGGUGUAGAAUUUUGUGGUGGCAGAUCACGGGGGCCAGAGGGAUGGAAGGACUCAAAAUUGACAAGUCAAAGACUGUUUCUCGGUCAAGUCUCUCUCGUGACGGAUCAAAAUGUUAAAAACAACGCAAUAACUUGAACGUACAAGCCUAACAAGGAAAAGCAUUAAAGUGAAAAAAGUUGUUUGUCCUCUUGAAACGGAAUGGUGUGAACAUGUUCUUUUUUCCUUUUUUUUGUUUUUGGAAAAACGGUCAUCAUUGUCCGUUAACGUGCAGUUAGUUUGGGAACAGUGGAUGGUUUGUAUAGGAAGACACCCUUGGAGACCGUUUUUAGUUUUUCUCAUCCAAAAAUUGCUUUGAAUCCUUAACCAAUUUUCGCUCCAUAAAGUCGAAAAACUUCUCUAAAGGAAGGUGGAAGAGGCUAGGAGGGGGAGGAGGAGUGGCACUAACGUGUCCCGCACCAUACGAUUUUUUUAAUAUACUAUAUAUCUAGCCUGAUUUUUGAAAACUUGCCUUCCGAAAUUUACAGCCAUUUGAUCAAAAAAAAGGGCAAAAGGCAACUUAUUUUUCAUUCACUCUGUUUUAUUUUCAGGAACCCAUGACUAGUUGCCUAUUUCCCCCGUACAAGCCCUUGGAGUCAACCUUUUCCCGACUAGAUUUGUAAUUACGUAAUUAAUCCGAGUGAAAAGAUAAAUCAGAACGACGAAGUGACAUUGCUAUUGUUCUUUAUCAAACAACAGAAAACAGUGCUGACAGGCCAAUUAUAAGCUUGUGAAACGUGACCUAAGCGACCCCUCAGAGAGUUUUUAUCGUUUCUUUCUGACGGGCAGAUCGUACUGUGAAAAAAUUUUAAACUUUGACUGUUUAAAUCUUAAUUUGGGCUGCUUGUCACACAGUAAGAGCUAUGAAGGUGAUCUGUUCAAUGCAUAUAGACUAAUUAUUUCCUGCAUUUUUUUCACAGAGGGCCCACACACAGCACACAAUCUGCUUGUGUAACCGAUGUGAUUUUAUGGUAAAUCGGGGGCACCCAACGACUGUUUUCUGCAAACUAUCUUUCCACAGAAGUAAAUAAUGCCUAGAAUUUUCUAUUAGUACUUGAGGACAGCUAACAAUUUCUAGACAUGUACAAUUUUCGAAGCUUAUCUAGUAAUAAAUUGCCUACGAUUUUCUGAAGUCUAAUUUUUUACAUUUUACAGCCCACAUUAGGCUAUCUUUCGCACAUAAAAGGAAACCAGGAGCCGUAGGUAUCGGCUCCUGAGGAAACCUAAAAUUUUCGGAUUCAAGACUGAAAAAUAAACCCUCUUUCGUAAUACGUUAAAAUAAUACUGAAGUGCUUCUAAUUUCGAGAAGACUCAAGUUCCCCUAGCAUGGCCGAACAGGUGCAAGUUUCAUAGCGCCGCUUAGAGAGCAUUCCUAGAGAACUCCGGAGAACCAAAAACUGAAGCGCUUCUAAUCUCGAGAAGACUCAAGUUCCCCUAACAUGGCCGAACAGGUGCAAGUUUCAUAGCGCCGCUUAGAGAGCAUUCCUAGAGAAUUCCGGAGUACCAAAAACGUAUUUUCAACGAACCGUCGUUGGGGGCCCCUGGGAAAUGUACUGUAUUUACCGUUUGCUUCAUCUGUAGCGGUACAUCGCUAAAAAGGGGCAUGUAUCAAAGGUAAAUAAACGUUGUGUCACCUUACCUUCGGUAAAUUGUCUUUCCUUUGCCUCAGAAGUGGUAUUUUGAUCGAUUUUGAAGGAUUUUGAGUUUGCUGUUUACUGUUCCUCUUAAUACCUCUUUUUGUUUGAAUAUCGUUAACCAAAUGGUUAAACUAUAACUGAUUUAAAGCAGACUUGGUAAAUCGAUUAUUGCUUAACGAUAUCCAAGCAAAGAGGUAAUCAUCGGGACAGUUUCUGGCUGGCACGCGUAAUAAAAUAAAAUCUUCCGCGCAUUUUGACCGAUUAAAAACUGUCGUAUUUUAAUUUUCUUCGAGGGCUAGCAACGGCCCUUUUGGAUGGAUUUUCGAUCGGAAGGUACUAGAAGAAGCAUGAAUCAAUCGAGCUUUCUGCUGGGUGGUUUGAAAGUGGAGCGAUGCGAUUUGCUGGGGGAAAAUCGGUCCGGCGCUGGCGCCGUUCAAAAAUUGAUUUCACCCUUGUCCUUCUAUUAAGAGGAACAGUAAACAGCGAACUGAAAACAGGGGCACCGAACGACUGUUUUCUGUAAAAUAUCUUCUCGGAGAAGUAAAUAUUGCCUAGAAUUUUAUUUUGCUUGAGUACAGCUAAAAUUUUCAUAUUUUUUCGCGUGUAACCCUAAACGAGACCUUCACGGCUAAAUGAGAUGGCGUUUUGCCCAGAACACCCUAAGUGAGACCAAAAUCCGAAAUUUACACCCCUAAGCAAGACGAUGAGUAUCUCCACCCCAAUAAGUUUAAUAAGCAAAACAACAACUUCGCACGUGCAUCACACUUUUUUGUACAUUUCUUUCCCGCUUUAGCACGACUACGACGUGUAAAUGCCUAAUUUCGCGUUUUAUAGAGGACGUAAACAAGCAACGACGAAAUUUUAUUUCUCUUUCCGAGCUUGAAUAUGGUCCCUUGAAAUUCAGCUUCUGGAGGGUUUGCCUACAUUUGACAAAGUAAGUGGUUAGGAAUAAUCGCUAAAAAGACUGAAAGAACGCAAAUUCACUUUUUAAGCGACGUUCUUGUCGCCGUCGCGUCUUUGGAUCUUGAAGUCCCUAAUAUAUAGCUAGAGUCCGUAAUAGCGGGAGUUUUGUUUCAGUCAAAUGUCUGUAAUUUUCGCCCGGGAUUCAGCAGCUGUCCGUAUUAGCUGGUUGUCCGUAAUAGCGAGGAGUCCGCAUGGCUUGAAGCUCCUCCAUACGAUACUCAAACCGCGAUACGAACGACCAAAAAUUCCUUAAUUUUCUCUGACCUGUUUGAUGAAGAGAUUGCGGUCUGCUUUAUUUCAGAAACAAUAGGUUUCCUUCAAUAGAGUCUAAUUUCAACUCUACUUUUGGUUACCGUGAACUGACUUAUCCCGGCAGCGCCACCCCGUUUUAUACAGGGAGGCUGUACAGUACCGCAAGCGAUCCCCAACUGCAAAUGAUCCCGAGACCGCAAAUGAUUCCCAAAAUGGACCGCAAAUGCUCCUCGACCGCAAGUGAUCCCCAAAGUUGACCGCAAAUGAUCCCGAAAGAAAAAUAGGAAUGGCUUAGACUCGAGUUAGCGGAUCAUCGUGUCUAUUUUAUUAUUAUUACAAAAAGUAAGAUUAAACGCUAAAUUUCAGUUCUAAAAUAAAUACAUGAAUAUAAACUAAAUGAAAAAAUCAUUCAAGUGUAAAAACGAAGUCGGUAGGCAACACACGACUUUUACCUCAUGCCAAAAUGCUGCUUGUUCCAAUGAAUUUUCUCUCUGGCGGGUAGAUUAUACCUCUGAAGGAAAACGUUUUGUCUGAGCAAAUGUGAGUUUUGCCGCUUAUUUCAUACUGAGAGGUCAUGACACGCAUUUUCGGCAGUUAUUGUUGUUUCUGGUCGGCACGAUUUGUCCUUUAAUGCAAGAGCAUUUCCUUUGACCUCUUUUCAAAUGCAAUGCUUUCAUUCCGGCUAAAUAAGGGUUUUAGGUUGUUUAAUUUUCUUUUAAAUGCCUCAUGGAUCCGAAUAAUUAUAAGCGCCUUUUUUUUAGUCCGUGAAUGUGACGGUUCCUACGAUCUUUUGUCACUCGAUAACUACCGCUUGCCUCGCUUUUGCGUUUCUCAUUACCAGGUUUAGAUUCUUGGUAACUGUCUCCAGCAAAGACACAACAAAUGUAUAUACAUAUAAGCGUCAAUAUAACUAUUUGCAACAUGUUCAUGAGCUGUAAGCAAGUUGCUCUUUCAAAAUAAACCGAAACCUGUGGACGUUGAUAUGUUCGGGGGCAUUUUGACGUGUAUUUAUUUCAAAUUAUGUCUUGUUUCGUAAAGGGCACUCCCAGACCUGGGACACUCCUAAGUUACGAACCAAUGUCUUGCUGUUUAUCACGUAAAAUUAACACUUCAGAGAAAAAUCAAAACUAAAUAUUCUGAAAAUUAAUUGGACACUUGUAAAAAGAUCAGUCAAGUCAAUAAAGCUCUUGCUAUGUAGAGGGUGCUCGGCUUUGUAUUCCUCAGUAGACAAGUUGAACUUGGGCGUUAAAAUAAUAGAAUUUUUUCUGCGUAACGUCCUGCCUGUCUUAAAUUUUCAGCGACGAAACAGUUCUUUAAAGAAAAUUGAAGCAAUUGACAAUGGGAGAAGUAUACGGUUGAUACCAUAUCCUUUUCAGAUUUAUUCUACUUCUUUUUUUUGGCCUUGUAUAAACUGACCUGAGACGAAGCGUCCUCCUUCCCUUUUUCUUUAGAAGGCGCGAGAAAAAGGUUCCUUUUUUUAUAAUCAGUCCUUUUUUGUAAUCAGUCCAUAAAAUCCAUUCCAUUCCUCAAGUUUUCACGGGAUCAUUUGCGGUCAACUUUGGGGAUCUCUUGCGGUCGAGGAUCAUUUACGGUCCAUUUUGGGGAUCAUUUGCGGUUGGGGAUCAUUUGCGGUACUGUACAAGGCUCUGCACGCCCCGAUAUCCGGCAACAGCUUUCCUUUUAUAUUCCAAUUUUUUGCAGAAACCUUUUCCCUUUCAUAUACUUCAACUCAAGAAAUCCAGUACCCUUUUAUAUACCCAAAGCCUGAAAAGGAUGCCGCUUUCGGGUGGAGCUAGCCUGUUACAUAGCUCCAAGAUAGAGAGGAAAGCGGAUCGAGAAAAAGUUGCGCGAAAAACGCGUUGGGGCUGGGGAGAUACAAAGUAGUGGAGCCUGUAAACGGCUUUUUAGGAAAGUGGCGGGGUAGUAAGCGGAUUCAGAGAAACUGCAAUGGGCCAUUUCAUUUUCAAAACGAGGCUAAGUGAAAAAACUUUGUUUUAAAAAUGAAUUUUAUUUGCAUGAUAUUUUCCCAUUCCUCGUUCCCCAUUCCUCGUUUUAGUAACACCCAGGCCUUGUGCGCUGAGGUGGCAAAGAAAUAUUUCAUACAAUACAGUGCACGGACAGAGUUGUUAUUGUCUGCUCAAUAAGCCAAUCACCCUCUGAGUAGACGUUUCAUUGACGAUCGAUCGAGAUCAUCUUCGUUAUCGUCUCUAGCCUAACGUCCUAAGGGAACCCAUUAACCCAGACCGAGCAACUCUCAUUCUAGGUUAUGUCACCGCCGUUUUCAUGGAUCAAUGUAUUUUUGGUCACAUAUAAAGUACUUUUUUCUGGUGAAAAAGAAACCUUUUUUUUUUUUAAUUUUUUAACGAAGACUAGUGAGCAGCACAAAGGAAGACUUCUUGUAGUUGUAAGCUUUUUCGUUUAUUUCCGACGCGUUUCGUCUCUUACUGAGACUUCUUCAGGGAAUGAAUACAACUAGCAAAGAACAGCAUAUAUAACACGUUGUGUGCGUAAGUAAAACUUCCGGUGGAAGUGAAUAAUAACUUAACUAUGCUGUAAACGGACGUUUCAAGAACGCCUUAAUACAUAUGUUAUUGCGUGUUGCUAUAUUUGUUUGGGGGCCAUACGAUUAGCGCUAAUCGUAUGGCCCCCAAACAAAUAUAACAACACGCAACAACAUUCUAUUAAAACGUUCUUGAAACGUCGUUAAGAUAGUUAAGAUAUUCACUUCCACCGGAAGUUUUACUUACGCACACAACGUGUUAUAUAUGCUGUUCUUUGCUAGUUGUAUUCAUUCCCUGAAGAAGUCUCAGUAAGAAACGAAACGCGUCGGAAAUAAACGAAAAAGCUUACAACUACAAGAAGUCUUCCUUUGUGCUGCUCACUAGUCUUCGUUAAAAAAAAAAAAAAAAAUGGUAUGUGUGCGAAUCCGAAUGAUUUAUUUAAUAAGUAAAACAUCAAAACCUGCCAUUUUAAGGUGAGUGUACCUUUUGCUGUCGAUGUCAGUCUACUUUGCGGAUUGAUGGUCUAGCUAGAUUCGCGUUAAAAAACUGUUGUGUGAAAACAUCGUGACACAAAUACAUUGAGGAGGGUCCGAAUGGGGUUAACCGAUAGGCGUAAAACGGCCAAAAAUUUAGUCGAUAGCCGUAAAAAUUAAAAAAUUUUAACCGUUACCCGUAAAUAGGGUAAAAAAGAGUUAACCGUAAACUUGUUUCCUAGAUUUGUUAAUUUUAAGGAAGGUGCUGAACUCACUUAUGGCUAACCGGCUACUUUGACUCCGUACGCACGUUAGGCCAAGCGCGUUUUAGUUGUGACCGAGGUCUAAACUCCAUUUCCACCGCUCCCUCGGAGAACUAAUUUUUUACAUAGCUAAAAUCUGGAUUUUUGCUGGGGAUUAAAAUUUGCAAUUUUCAGGAGGCCGUUCCCUCGAAAUAACCGCCUAGAGAUGUCACUGUUUGUAAAACACGUUGCCGAUAAACAACAAUUCCCUGUUUUUCUCUGACACUAAGGUAGACAUUGCCAACAUUGCCAUGCCUAGUCCCUGUUCGGUGUCUUCCCACGCAAUCUCUUUGAAGGCAUUUCGGUGGCGUAUCUGAGAAAAAAUCUCGCUCGGACCAGGUGACCUGAAACGCAUUAGCCGCGCGGAAUAAUGAGGCCUAUGGAGAAGGCAACGGCAGAUAGUCUUUCUGUACAGUCCUUCGCUAUCAUUAAAAACACUGGACACGGGAAUUUUGUUAUUGGCCAUUUUCAAACUAGAAAUGGAUUAUCCGUCUGAGACUGGCCUGUGCACAGUCGCCCCCUCCCCCACAGACACCCCUUCUCCGAUUUUUUUUUUCUGAGGGGAGGGGGCGGCUGUACACAGGCUAUCUGAAAUGGAUAACCCAUCUUCAAACUGUCCGUCAAAAUUGACGGAUAAAGUCACGUGGAUUGUUCAUUCAAAAUUAAAACCCUUUCCAUUUCAAAUUAAGACGUAUUACCUGUCUGACGCGAUUUAUCAAACGGAUCACCCAUGUCAUACGAAUAAUCCGUCGCUAGUGUGAAAACAGCCAUUUCCGUUAUAAUAAAUCCCCUCCGCCCCCUUCCCAUGCCUUGAGUUGGGCGUGUCUGCUUUUGCUUUUUUACAAAGAUUAUUUUUAAAUUGACUAUUGACAUUUCUAUGCGUAAAAUAAUAUGAAGAAUUGAAUACUUUAUAAAUAGUAUGAUCUAUCAAAUGUUAAAAUUUUUCAAAAGAAUAUCUUCAUUUUAUCCCGAGAUGAUCCUAAGACCUUUAUUUUGCAUUGAAGAUACAAAAGAAAUUAAUCUAUAACUUUUUGUUAACCGUAAGUGAAAAAAAAUUAACCGAUAGCCGUAAAAGAGUCAAAAUUUUAGCCGAUAACCGUAAAAGCCACCACCGCAUUGAGACCCUCUUCCUUCCUUCGUACUUGUCGAGUAUUGGUCCCAUAUCAUACGAAUCACUUGCUUUAACGCAAAGUAAAUAGGGUGGGAGGCCAGCAUUUUCCCUGAAGUACUUACAGUUUUCCUUUGCAGAUUCAGUUUUAGACCGAUGAAAUGGCAAUAGUUAAGAGAAAUUUAGAAUCACGUUAACUUCAAAUUGUACCACGUGAUUAUGUUUGCCCUUUACUUGUCGCUAGUCAUUAUUUCUACACUGGAAUAAGUUUUAUGAUGCUAUGUUCAUCCAUCAGAUUUAUUUUGGAAAAUUUAUUUCGUAAUCUGAGGAGUUGUCAACUUGAAUCUCAGGUUUGCCGUUUGCCCUAAACGUGACUCUAAUUUUCUCUAAUAAUUCCUCUAAUAUUUAUCUGACAAAUAUUAGAAUUAACCGAAUUAUUAAUUAUUAUAGUUAUAUCCUCUGAUAAUUAUUGAAUCGUAAGGUCAAAGCGUUGUUGUAAAAAACUAACCGGCGCCUGCCACGAAGGCUAUAGGCGGAGCGUCAUUAACUUGCAUACAAGCAAUACAAUUUUGACCAGAAUACAAAGACCCCUUGGAAAACACUGUUUGUUUUUGUACGCUGUGUGGCCCAGUCUGACAAGCAUGUUGAUGAGGGUGCCCUUCUAAAGACAGCGGCAGGAGUAGAUAUGACAUUGGCACAAAGUAAGAAAGAUGAGACAAUCACAACGUGUAGCUGGUGAAAAAUAUAUAUCGGUGGGACAUAAAUAGCCGGCAAAAACAUCCGUUUCUCCACGCUCCUCGCCGCUGGGCACGUUUCGCGCGGAGGAACGUCUGCGACUCAGCGACAGAAAUUCCAUACUGAUGACGCAAAAUAUGUUCAGAAUCCGGUCAGAAGCCCUGAUUGGUCGACGGAGUAGUUACAUAGUUUUAGGUAUUAUUUACGAAUGACCACAAAGGCCACAAAGGUCAAAUGUAAACGCGAUGAAUCUCUAACAAAACAAUCAAUAUUUGUGGAAUAUAGUCUUCUCUAGAACAAGGAUUUGAGUUUUACUGGAGCUCGUUCGCAGAUGAACACAACACUUUGCCCAAAUCGACCAGGAGAAACCUAAAAUUGAAUAAAUGUACAUUUGAAACCCCAUGACUACCAGAUUUAUUAAGUAAACAUUGAUUUGCGUCAUCAGUAUGGAAUUUCUGUCGCUGUAUCGCAGACGCGCGAAACGUGCCUAGCGGCGAAGAGCGUGGAGAAACGGAUGUUUUCGAAGGCUAGGCAUAAGGGGCCGACCAUUUAACUCUUGGGGGUGGGGGUGGGUGAUUUCUGGUCAUCAGGAAUUUUUUUUCCUAGCAAUAUGGUGGGCAGGAUAUUUUUUUCCCUUUUUUUUUCCAUAAGCUCUCUAUUACAUUUGUGCUGCAUGCAAUUUUUUUCUUCCGACAAGCGCUUGCAGGAAAUUUUUUUUCAAAAUCACCCCCCCUCAAGAGUUACUGUGGUCGGCCCCUAAAGGGCAGGAUUGUAUCAUGAACCUCCCCGGCACGCAGACGUUUUAGGUCCUGCCAGGAACGCGUGACGAACACCUAAGAAAGUCUGCAUGUGAGAGGCUAGAUUGUAUGCUACGUUUUCGGUUAAUAAAAAUUUACCUUGUUUGUUACUUUAGGGAUGCCAUGAGUGUAAUAGUCAAAUUGUUUUUUUGUUCCGUGUCGUUUUUGUUUCUAGCUUUGUUAGGUCAUUUUCAAUGUGUUUAUCAUUAAGGGAUAUCGGCUUUCAUGCAAAAAAGAGUGAAAAAACCAACUUCCUAGAUAGGAAGUCUUAAGAUUAUAAUCUUGUUUAGCAGAAAACAAUCGUCUGGAAGGCGAGCGUCAAGGGAAACACUGAGAGCCUGAAUAUGAUUCUUUUUUUUUCUAUUUUUGUACAAUUACCGUGUCCUUUAUUGUCAGUUGACAUCAUAGGCUAAUGCAAUGAAUCAUUUUCCAGAUGAUUUCUGCAAUGUAAGCUUGAAUCAAACUAAUGAGAUGCGUCCUUGGGAGUAAACUAAAACUUGAAUCACGGGGUAUGAGAAGUUUAUCUGCGUAAGUUAACAGAAGUUACGAAAUACAAUAACGAAAAUGUGGCGCAGGGCUCACCCGGGUUUGACCUACGCAGCUUUAAAGACGGGAACUGGCUUCUAAUUGGCUGCAGUUGACACACCUAGGCUCUAUCGUCUCUUUAAAUAUGUUUUAUUUGGAACAAGAAUAACAUAAAGAAAAGCACUCGAGUGCAUGAUCGUUGACUAUUUUGUUCAAACAAUGGCGAUGCGGGAGCAUUGCGACAUUUGGCGAGGCUUAGUUUGGAGCGCCUUUUUUCAUGCUUCAUUUCUAUUGAUUACUCCAGGUAUGUCCAACGCUCAGUAACUGAAAUGAAUUACUUUGCCACAGGCACUGUAACUUUUACCCUUGCGAGCACUAGUCCCGCAUUGCUCAAAGCGAAACAAGGAUGCAGUGUGUGGUUUAUGUAUCGAUUCUUCUAAAAGUAUUUUGUUGUUUUUGUUUUUGUUGUUGCUUUAUCUUCUGUAGGUGUAGGAGCUCUGAAGUUUCUCCAGGAUCCUCCAUCAAUCCAGGGAUCUCAUGUCGGCUGGAGCGUUGACUACAAUUGCACAACAGAUGACCCAAAUGCCACAGUGUCACUUCUACAGUCUAAUGAUUUUGGGUUUUCUUAUAAUGUGAUGCCAGUCACACCAAACAAACUUCUUUUGAGGAAACAAGUGUUUACCAUAGUAAAUCUUAUUCUUUUGGAUGGAGGAAACUAUAAAUGCAAGGCCACGGACCAGUCAGGUCAAACUAUUGAAUGGAACAGUGGUUCAAUGUUAUAUAUACAAGCAGGUCUGUAAGAAUAUUUUGAGUAAAUUGUACUUGUAUAAAACGAUAGAGUAAAAAAGUUUGGUUUGAUGUCACUAAAAAUUCAAAUUUGUGAAAUUAAGGGAUUCAGGUUGGCCACUCAGAAGGAAAACGAUGAAAAAAGCCCUUCUCGGAUAAUUAGCCUGUUAGUUCAAUUCAUGAGGAUGAAAUAGUAUACAACUAUCCCCCGAAGGUGAAUAAGUGGUGGAUAUAUACGUACCGAGACGCAAAUUCGCGAAGAGUCAAGAUAUUUGAAUUUAGCGCUGUUCACCGACCCUGAGGGGAAUAGUAGUUUUAGUAUUACCAAAACAGUUGGAUAAAACUGAAAAAAAAGUAACUUUGUGUAAAUUACAGACGUCAACUUAGUAGGAACUUCGAUUACAAUUUACGAACAUUUCGGAGAUUUUGCCGAGCGCAUUUGACGAUUUUGUUGCAAAUUCAGUAUGAAAAUCAUUUUCUACCUACCAGUGAACACCGACAAGCCAAAUUUCGUAGCUCUGUUGGUAUUUUUUUGUACGAAUGCUUCGUUUAUCGCACAGGUACGUCUCCGGAAUAGCCAAGAAUAUUCCGAGUUAAGGGGACCAAUCGAAACGCGCGAAAAUUGCUUUUUACUGAAUACGAUUUGGUAAAUUCUAAAGGACCUCGCGAAGGACUUCGGGGGAACGCCAAGAUAAGGCAACAGAGAAGAAAAUUUAUAAAUCUAGAAAUUUUAAGCACGCUGGCCCAUAUCGUUACCAUCAGGCCACUUGGGACACACUGAUGAUCUUGUAAAAAAAAAUAUUAUUAAAACCCUUUCCCCUAGCACUUCCGCCAGCGCGACCUGUAUAAAGUUGAUCGAGCCCUAUUAAACACGAAUUCAAAGGUAUUUUGCGGAAGAAUGACCGCUGUUUGGACAGUGAAAACCCAACGUAAACGCAUUUCAUGGCAUUUAAAGAACGGAAGCCCUACUAAGCCGAUACGGUAUAAACUCGUCUGCGAGCGAAACGUGUUUUGUUACCGCGGUGUUCAGGAAAGCCAGGGAAAAGCGCGCGACGAGAUUAGAAAGUCGCUACGCUCGGAAUAACUUCAAGAUCAGAUUUCAGUUUUCCUGUUAUCAUUAUUAUUUUUGUCAUACUUUUACACUGGAAUUAUAUAAGUUAUGAACAUUUUGCAGAGCUGGCUACAGUACGUAUUUAAGACACCAUGUAAAGUACUGCACAUAUUUUUUUGCAGCUCAGUUACCCAAGCAGUUUGUGUUGAUACCAAACAAAUCAAUCUAUGUGCUGCAAGGGCAGAGUGGAGAAGUCACAUGUGAAGCUGAAGGCCCUUCAGUUUCUACGCUAAAGUGGGAAAAGCAACAGGAUGAUAAAUCAUAUGCAGCCGUCCCCAACAGCCAAGUUAACAUCACUAAAGAUGCAAACUAUGUGAGAGCAACCCUGAAGAUUACAAAUGCACAGUUCGCGGACACUGGUACAUACAAAUGCACAGUAUCAGUUCCACCAAAUCUAUCAGAUUAUAAGCGUACAAAUAUUACUGUCAAGGGUAUGUUUGCAUGUUUAUUUGUUUACAUUUUACCCGCACCAUACGAUUUUUAAUUUUCAAUAUACUAUAUAUUUAGCCGGAGUUUUAAAAACUUACCUUCAGAAUUUUACUUUUGAGCCAGUUGAUUGAAAAAAGGACCCAAAGGCGAGUUAUUUUUUAUUCACUUUAUUCUACUUUAUUACUGAUUUAUUACCUCUCUGUCUGCGCAGAUGCCUGUUUGUGUUGUAUUGAGUCUAAUUAAGGAGAAAGAAAACGAAAGCGCGUGGUACGAUGGGAAGGCGAAAGAGAGAGGCCUUUCCCUCUUCCCAUCAUCCGCCUCGCCCUCUCUAUUUUUCCAUUAUUGCUUAGUAUUUUCAUUGGGAUACCCAGAGGGAGCCUCUGCGGAGGAGAGAGAUUCAUUACUUUUUUGGUGUCCGACGAACCCGAAAAAAACGCUAACAAAGGAGAAGGAAAGGGGCAACCGAGAGAUCGAGGAGAAAGAGAAAUAGAGAUUUUAAAAAAUGAGGUUGCGCUCUAAACUUUUAUAUUAGAUCAGGAGCCCAUAACCAUAUGGGUUCCUGAUUACAUACUUUGGAGAUAUUUUUGACCGAAAAACAUGACUGCCUGACGGAUAAGGCGCGUUUUGGCGGUAACGGUUUUAAAAAUGUACGACUUAAAUGUAACAAAAAUGUCCCAAGUGCAGGAAAUAAAUUUAAAGCAACCAUCUUACCGUAUUUAUUCGAUUAACCGCCCAGGGCGCUUAUCAGAUUUUUGGAUUUUUAGAGUAGGUGCUUAUUCGAGGCUGGACGCUUAUUAAAUUUUCACCAUUCUCAGCAAGUGUAGUAUGUUUAUUUUGCAACAAAACAAUAAAUGGUGAUGUGAAGUAUGUGAAAUAAUUCAUAUUUGAACUGCGGUUGUAGAUGAAAGUGAAGAAUGAUCAUCGCAGUAAAUUUUCCAAUUUAAGCAAUUGGAAAGAAGAAGCCUGAAAAAAAAAUCAGGGCUUCAACGGGAUUCGAACCCGUGACCUCCGCGUUGCCGGUGCGUUGCUCUACCAACUGAGCUGUGAAGCCACACAUUGGGAGCGAGGUCAACGCACAACGCACCGGCAACGCGGAGGUCACGGGUUCGAAUCCCGUUGAAGCCCUGAUUUUUUUUCAGGCUUCUUCUUUCCAAUUGCUUAAAUUGGAAAAUUUACUGCGAUGAUCAUUCUUCACUUUCAAAACAAUAAAUGGUAAUAACAAAAUGCGAAGAUGUAACAAAGCAAGGUUUCUGUAAAAUACUCUGAAGAAAACUCCGUCUUCGGGAGGGUCUCUUAUUAUCUCUUAUUUUAGUUUGUGUGGUAGGGAGUGGGGUUGGGGUGGGGGUGGGGGUGGGCGCUUAUUUGAGGCUGAGCGUUUAUUAACGUUUUCUGCUUUUAGGAUGGGCGCUCAUUCGAGGUGGGCGCUAAUUCGCGACUGGGCGCUUAUUCGAGUAAAUACGGUAGUCGCCUGAUGGUAUUUAAACCCAUGAUUUCCCAUGUAACGUUCCAUCUUUACACCAACAGUGCAGCUCCUCCAUACGAUACAUAAGCCGCAAAAAGGACCGAAACAUUCCUUGAUUUUCUCUGAGCUGUUUGAUGAAGGGACUGCGGUCGAAAAUCCGCUUUAUAUCAGAAACAAUAGGUUUAGCGGAUCGAGAAAAAGUUGCGCGAAAGACGCGUUAGUGCAAGAGAGAUACAAAGUAGUGGAGCCUGUAAACGGCUUAUCAAGAAAGUGGUGGGGUAGUAGACAGAUUCAGGUAUUUGGCUCUCCCCUUCUCUUUUCCCGCCUUUUUUCGCUUAUUUACUAUUUCAUUGUUUGCUCGCUACUUUCGCUCGUCCGCACUAACCGAGGGCCCGUAUAGGCCAUCACAGGGAGAAUCCAGUAGGGGUUUUCAAUGUGCGAAAAGAAAAAAUGGAUUUGCACAAAUUUCCUCUUGACAAAUAUGAAGCAAAAAUAAAAAAUAAGGAGGAUUAAAUUUAGAGCAAACACGGUAAAUGUAAUUUUUGCGUGCUUAUUUUCACCCCGUGUGAAUUGGUAUAGAAGUGUAGCAUUUACUAUAUUGAAUGUAUGUUAUGUUCUUAUAGUCUGUGAUUCUGUUUACAGCUCCUACACCACCAAGGAUCACUGUACCCCACGAUGCAAAAACCAUAGUUGUGCAGGAAGGAUCGACAAAGGUCCUCAAAUGUGUAGCAAGGGGAGCUCCUAAACCUAACGUUACCUGGUACAAAAACGGCAAGCAACUACACACCAAUGAUCGAAGUUGCAAGGCUAUUCAGGCAUAUAAGGUUUAUGAUGAAAACGAAGAUAAUUCACUGUAUACGGUUCAAGUUCUUAGAAUAAGAAGUGUUUUAUAUCCAAGAGACCAAGGAGAGUUUAAGUGUGUCGCAUCGAAUGACGUUACAGAUGUUCAAACAGUUUUUAAUGUUCAAGUUCAAGGUGAGUUUCAGCUUGGGUUUUUCAAAUUAAACAUUCGUGAUUUCUCUAGAAGAAAGACAAAACUUCAGCUUAAGUACAGUAAAAACCCAUGGCUAAGAAGCUGGUUUUUAAGAAACCGUCAGGCUAAAAUUUACCAGUUAAGCCGCUCUAUACAAGAACCUGUUUAGCCUAAAAUUUGGAACAGGUUCUGAUCUUCUAAAAUGUUUAAUGGUGCCUUAUUACUCCAACUGUAAUUGUAAUAAUGCUAUACAGGUUUUACCUAGGGAAUGAGCUGAAUACCACUACUCUAAUACUCUAAGCUACUAGAUAUUUUUCUCUUCAGAAAAUAAGAACCUAUUCAAGAACCUAAAUAUUAGCCUAAAUUUGUGCUAAUUACCAUUUAUGUAAGAACCUAUCAGUGCUAACUUGGGAAAAUGCUGGUUCUUAGUCGCGGGUUUUUACUGUAUCUAAAAAGUCGAAGGCACCCGGAAUUUAUUGGACAGGAGCAGUUUUUUAGUGCUUGUUUUUCCCUAGCUUUGAUUAUUGGACCCACAAUUCAUUGAGCAAACUGUUCUUGUCCAGGUUCUGUUGGGCGAAAAGUCACUCUUGUUAUCACCAGUAGUAGCACAUGACUAGGAGCCUCCAUCUACAUUAAUUUCAGGAGUCGAACCCUUUUCCGAGUAGAUUGAUAUUAAGUAGAACGGCUUGUUUCCCGCGAAAAGUGUCAUAUUUCCGCGAGUGUACUCAUGGGCUCCCGUUAUCAUAAGUCGUUGUCAAUUAAAUUGUUUAUCUGACAUCCCUGACCUCAGAAUAGUUUUAAGUCGUCUACUUGCAUUCGCCCCAUUAGAAACCAGAAGGAAACUGAAAUGAGUUUACUUCACUCUCAAAGACCUCUAGGACUGUUCUUAGGGAUAGAGAAAACAAUAGGUCAUUUCCGAGUUCCAAAAACUCUCACUUUCAAAACGAGGCUAAGUGCAAAACCUUGGUUGUGAAAAUGAGUUUUAUUUGCAAGAAAAUAAAAAAACCAUUUCAUAUCAAUGAUUUCCCACUUAGCUUCGCUCUGAAACAUAGGGACUGGCUUAAUUUAAGGCAAUUUGGCCUAUUGAGCAAUAGCUGCCCGUCGCGUCCCCAGAAACGAUCCCAAAAACAAUUGUCCAGUUUCGAGUUCGCUAUGACCGCUGAAUUAAAGAAGUGAAGACGCAUUUUUUACAGGCUUAGCCUCCAUCUGAAGUAAUAUAUUCACAAAUUCCAACGAGAAAAAGACCUGUUUAUUACUCUGUCUAUUGUGUAUAUUCAAAUUUACACUUACUUGCCGGAAUUUCUGAAUAUUCAAAUUAAAAUUUUCUGUAUAUUCAAAUUAAACACUUACUUGCCGGAAUUUCUGAAUAUUUUACCCAGUUACGUAGAGGCUAACCCUGUAUAAAUGUGCCGUUAAUGUUUGUAUUCAGCGGUAAUUUUUAAUUCGAAACUGGACUAUUGCUGGAUGAAUUUCGGCUUCAGCCCCCUUCUCGUCAGUCUUAAGUGACGAAUUGACAAAAUAUCUUUUUGUUUGAUACUCAGUUGAUUUAGUAAAACGCCUGAAAUUAAGACCACCAGAAAAUAUUAGUGUAUUGCAAGGUCAAGAGGCAAGGAUCAAAUGUGACCUAGAUGGUUCUUUAACGGCUAAGUUAGAAUGGAAGAAGCAAACCAUUUCAGGAGAUGUACCUGUUCCCGACAGAAUGGUUACUGUUGUUAAAGACAGCUCCAACAAUCGAGCAAGAGCCAUACUCAAGAUUAAAUUCGCUCAAAUGGAAGACAGUGGCGUUUACAAGUGCGUAUCAUCGGCUUCUGGCAAGACCUAUUUUAAGCUGGCCUAUGUAACAGUGAGAGGUAUUCUCCUUUUUCUUGGUUGUCGUACAUUUAUUUACUAGCCUGCGCGUGUACGAUUUGAUUGGGGAAAAAAUUCCGGUCUUUUUUACGGUUAUCAUAGUGGUCGAAUGAAUUUCUAUAGAGAAGCUACUCUGGUGGGGAAAAGCCCUUAACUGAUUCAUUUAGCUAACAAAUCUGUCCUCUGGGUAUCUGGUAACUGACCGCUAAAAGGAGAGUGGCCGCAUUUUAAAAGAGGAGCCUACCCGCUUAAAAGUUGCUUUUUGUGCAAUAUAACCUUGGCGUGUCAUCAAAUUGUUUCCUGAGAAAAAAAAGGUUAAGAAAGUUUCUAAAGUUGAAUAGGUAGGCACUGUAUUUAAGUUCAAGAAGGAGAAAAAAAUAUACCGUCGAGUUUCCAAGUCCUAGCUAAGUCCUCUACAAAACAUGGCAUUAAGAGGAAAAUUUUAUGUCAAAGACCUUGCGCUCUCAGUAUAUGAAUGUUACUUAACGGGGCACGGGAGUACGGGAAAAUGUGAAAUGGGAACCAAACAUAGAAUGCGUAAUGAAGUUCCUCAGAUAGGGCUAGGGUUUAAGUUUAAUUUUAUUCUCAGUUAUAUUUUCCCAUUCCUCGUUUCCCCGUUCCUCGUUUUAGUAACACCCUUGGCUCUGUGGCGGCAAAGAAAUAUUUCAUACAAUGCAGUGCGCGUACAGAGUUGUUAUUGUGUGCUGAAUAAGCCUGUCACCCUCUAGACGCGCAUGUUUCAUUGCCGAUCAAAGUCAUCGUCGUUGUCGUCCCUAGCCUAACGUCCUAAGGGCCUGAGCCCAUUAAACCAGAGCGAGCACUUCCGUUUUCAUGAAUCAAUAGGCCACUUUCGAGUUCCCCCGGGCCUCUGUAUCAAAACAAGGUUAAGUGCUCAACCUUUGAUAUGGAAAUGAUUUUUCAUUCUCAUGCAGAUAAAACUCAUUUCCACAAGAAAGGUUGUACACUUGGCCUCAUUUUGAAAGUGAGGGUUUUUGGAAUUCGGAAGUGGCCUAGUAUUGGUUUUGGUCACAUUUAAAGUACUUUUUCCUGGUGAAAAAGAAACGUUCGCUCGGUAUAUGUGCGCAUCCGAAUGAUUUAAGUGAAAUAACAGGGAAGGAGUUUGUCAUGGAAACUAAAAAACUGCCAUUUUAAGGUCUGCGCCUUCUGCUGUCGACUCAGUCUACUUUGCGGAUUUUGAUGGUCUAGAUUCGCGUCAAAAAACUGGUGUGUGAAAACAUCGUGACACAAAUAAAAUAAUGGAAAAAGUUCGCUCGGAGUUGUGAGUUUCACGAUCCAGUUCUAGCUAGCUAUUUGAAUCACGCUACUGACCCCUGGGCCCAGUUGUUCGAAGGCCGAUUAGCGCUUAACCCGGGGUUAAAUUUAACCUGUGUUUCUUUUUCUUGUGAUCAAAAGCAUUUUCUUGGAUAAUUUUCUGUGCUAUAUUUAGAGCUUCCAAUCAUCAACUUGUAGACAGAAAGAACUAAAACUGAAUUGCCUUUUAAGCUUUCAAAUCUGAAUUCAAAUCUCGCACUAACCCUGGGUUAUCUUUACGCCAGCUUUGAACAACUCGGCCCAGGAUGAUACCCGGCCCCAUGGAUCUAUCAUUGCCCGUGCCCCUGGCGUAGUGUGCAUUAAGUACCCUGGGCUACUGACAAACACUUUAAAGUUUUAUUCUGUAUGCUAUAAGAAUUUGCUCCCCCCCUCCUAAUUCCUUUGUACUUAUCGAGUAUGUUCUGUGCAUAUCAGAUGUAUUACUUGCUUUAACGCAAGUUCAAAAUGUAAACUGCCAGAACGAAACGGGACGCUGAUUAAUAUCUAUUGCAUCUUACUUUCUUUCUAAACAGAGUCACUUGCAUUCCUUAAUAAACCGCCGCGAGUAAUUCGAGGACGCAUUGGCCAGAGCGUGGUGAUUAACUGUUCUACAAAUGACGUUGAUGCUACAGUGUCUCUUCUGCGUAAACCCCAUCCAUUUGCACCAAGUAAAGAGCUUAAACCAAAAGCCAAUAAACUCACUAAGGAGCGACAAGUGUUUACGAUUCAAAACAUUGACAUCGGGGAUGCCGGAAUAUACUCUUGUAGAGCGACCAGUGGAAAAAAUCAAACCAUCAAAUGGCCUCGUUUAAGAGGAUAUUUUGUUUUUCUUCAAGAGCUUAACUGACAAAUUUUUAACUUUCAAACUCAGAGUUGGUUUGUUGAUGAUGUUUAUUGCAUAAAUUAUCAAAUCACCCCUUUAAGUAUAUAGUUUAGAUAGUUGAGUUAUUCACAUUCAGUUUUGAAAUCAUUAUAAUCACGAGGUGCUAAAAAAAACUUGGCCUGAAAAGCCAUUAAAAUUAAAUAAAACGCGAACUGCUGUGUGAGAAGGGCGCUAUCAACCACUGAGUGAAAAG